AUAAUACAGAUUGCUCUAUAGAAAGUGAAUCUGAUGAGGAUUGUACAAUAAGAACGUCUACUCAUUCAGUCUCUAUCUCAGUAUCCUUUCACAGUGGUGUCUACUAAUAAGCAGAAUCAGGAUCGUUCAACUCGAUAACUUUCAAGAGGACAAUCCGGUCUUCAUUUUGGACAAAACUGUGCGAGAAAAUUACUUUGUCGUCAGAAGCAUUGCAUCAGGUAUUGCUGAACUGAAGAUGGCUCUAUCUACAUUCUGGCAAUGUUUCCUGUUCACGCUGUUUCUUCUCAUUCCCAAACUGAUUGAUUCAGCAAGAGCAGACCGACCGUGUAAAGAUUGUUGUCAACAGAGGGGUGAGACAGGACCUAUUGGUCCACAAGGUACGCCAGGUAUAGUAGGACCACAAGGUCUUCCUGGACGUGAUGGUAUGAAUGGUCUGAAUGGUCCAGCAGGGUUACCUGGACGAACAGGUGAUAAGGGUGAUAAAGGCAGUGAAGGGGAUAUCACUGCUGUCCUGAAACUACUCAGUCAACAAUCUCCUGAAACUCUAUCCGAUCUACAGACUACAUUAAAGACACUAGCUGACCAAAGAGUACAACAACAACAGCAAAGUGUACACCCAGCAAAUCCUGAUAUGAUGAUGGCAUCUGCCCCAUUAGCUUAUCCAUGGGGACAAGUUGAAAUCACUGCUUUUACUGUAAUACGUACUGCAGAUCUUCCUGGACAUGGUGAUGCUGUCAAAGACAUUACUUUUGACACUGUAAUCACAAACAUUGGCAACCGCUUUAAUUUUGAAACAGGGCAUUAUGUGUGUCCUACCAAUGGCACUUAUUAUUUCACCUUUUCCAUUGCCCAUGACCGUGAUGCAAUGGUAGAGUUGGUUAAGAAUGGAGAGCGGUUGGUUGCAAUACACGGUGAUGCAGCACAGAAAUUACGUACAAUGUACACUAAUAGUGUAGUGGUGGAGUUGAAUGAGAGAGAUGAAGUAUGGAUUCGUCUAGCUAGGAGUCAUAGCAUCAGUGGUAAUACUCAGAAUCUGACUACAUUCACAGGAUACCUUCUGUAUCCCGCUUCUGCUACUAAACCUAAAGGUUGAUAAAUCUUACUGACAAAGGGUUCACUGACCCUAGAAAUGCUAUCCAACUGCUGUAACAUGAUAACUCACUUGAAUUUCAGCUAAAAUAAAUGUUGUAUUUCAUUGGGAUUACAAAGUAGAUUGUUUUAGCUAUAUAUCGGCAAAUUAACAAGAUUUUAAUAUUUGUUGAAUGUUCAGUGUACAAUUGGUAAACAACCAUCAAUAAGUGUAAUAAGUUUCAUGUAUACUCGGCUAAUAAAUCCCAUUUCCAUAAGAGCAAUAGAUACAAACAGCAUUUCCGGAUAAAAAAUAUUUGCUUUAAUGUCAUUAAAACAUGAAAGCUUAUUUGGGAGGUGUUGGCACACUUUUAAAUGACCGACAAACAUCAACACAUGUUGUUACAUAAAAGGUCAAUACAAACUAAAUCUGUGGUUGCACUCAAUGUUUACAUGCAGUUACUCUUUUGAACAGUUUGCCAUGGAGGUACCUCAAAUAAACAAACAAAUAGCAGAUAAUAUUAUCAUGUAUCUGGCGUCUAUUAUCGAUUCAAAAUGUAAAAUUUUCAGCAUCAAAAUAGUCAAGUCUGUGCUGCACAAAAGGAAAGCAAGGAGCUGAAAUCUGAUGCUGUAUAUUCAGCAAGUUCAAAGCUUAAACAAUACCAGCCGGAACCAUAAGAACUCUAGAUGAUGAAUACCUGAAUAUGAAAGACUAAAAAGGGAUAAGGUUUACAGCGAGUGAAGCUGCUCAGCUAAGUCACUCAUAUUACUAAGAGCCUCAUUGACCUAUUAGGAUUGCACAAUAUUGUAAUCUAAAACUAGUCCAUUGUACCCUUCACUUCUUAAGUUCAGUGGAACAUGAAUUUGCAUAAGACUCCCUUGAGCUAGAUUAAUCAUCAAAUCUGUGAGUUGGAUUUUCCCUUUGUCCUUUUUAGAUUACAUUUUUUGUAUUAUCCAAAGAGUUAACUGAAUACCAAACUAAAUUUACAGAAUGGAAUUGCUGAGAAAAAUUGUUUACUAAGCUACAUCAAUAUUUUAAAUGGUAUGCUUGUCAAUUUGAUUGUUAAAAAUAGUACUACAAUGGUCACAACCAAGCUUCAAAAAUAAUUAAUUAUUACUAAUGUUUGGAUUGUUAACGGAGUUUUUAGUAAUCUUUUUCUUUACAGUAUGUUUUAAACUUGCUUCCUUAGCAUUAUCUUCAUUAAUGUGUUACAUGGCACUGUGUGUGUAGUUGUGGCUGUAUUCUCAUAGAGCUGUGUUAACGAAAACAAACUUUAAAUAGUGUCUGUAUUUGCAUGUUUUAAAUCUUUGUCUAUAUAACCAUUUAGGGAUUCUAUAAAGAUUGUACUUUAAGUAAAUUUAGUAUCUUCAAUGUACAGUCAUUAUUAAACAUGUCAAAGUGUUUACUACAUGGGAAUGACCAAAGACACCUGGUAUUUCAGCUCCGAAGUUCAUGAAAAUUUGACUUUGACUCUUUAAAGAAUCAAGUCUUUUAUACCAUUCUCAGCUUUCUAAGAUGUUAUGUAGUCUAUAUGUUGGGUAAGAUUGGUUAACCUGAGUGAGUAGUCAAUAGCAUUGUUGUGUGACUGGUCGAUUCUAUAGGAUAUCUCUGACUUUAUGUACCUAAGAAAUCAUCCAGAGUUGGGAAUUAUAUACAAACUGUUUGUGGCUAUAACCAUAAUUCCAGAAUAUUAAGAGAGCAAAUCGGUAGUAUAGUUUCACUAAACAAAUUCAUUUUAUAAAUGAAGCUCCGUCUAUCUAUACUUAACAAAGUAAGUCACAACAAAGAUUUCAUGUUGAAAUUGUACUGGUUUUAACCAAUAUUAAAGCAGUUCAGUGAAGACCAAAAAAAAGAUCUUCAAUCUGUAUACAAGGGGCUCUCCCUUAAGAACAGAGAAGUGUGUUAUUGCUAGGAAAAGAGUUUUGACAAAGUGUAUGUUUAUAAAAACAGAUUGAAAAACAAAUAUCUUAUAUAGCACCAAGCCAAAGUCAACCUAAAAACAUACCUUGUAAAGUAUUUGUAGUUCAGAUAGAAUCUGCUUUUGGACAUCUGGAGUAAUAUCAACAGAUAUGACCUAGAAAUAAAAUAAUAAUAACCAAAAUAUA